AUCAUAAACAUAGAAGAUGCAUCAUUUCUUAAAACGGCGGCUACCGCACCCACGGUUUUUGAUCAUGGAAAGGAGCUUUCAUUUCCGUAUCAAGUUAGAACGGAGGCAAAAGUCAUAAGGACAAACUAUCAACCGAACACGAAAUCUGUGGAGGUGAGGCGUGAUCAUGGAGUACUAUCGCCAGCCUUGUCCCAUCAGGAUUGUAGAGGACUGCGGGUGCGCCUUUCUGAUGGGCACAGUAGGAGGAUCGUUGUUCGAGUAUCUGAAGGGUUUCCGUAACGCUCCGACCGGUUUGCGGCGUGGCCUGUACGGCGGCUUUGAAUCGGUAAAGUUGCGGACUCCGGCCAUCGCCGGCAGCUUUGCCAUCUGGGGCGCCACCUUCAGCACGGUGGACUGCAUCAUGAUCUCGUAUCGGCAGAGGGAGGAUUCCUGGAACUCGAUUGUCAGUGGAGCGGCCACUGGCGGAAUUUUGGCAGCACGCAAUGGCAUUCGGGCCAUGGCCAACAGCGCCUUUGUGGGAUGCCUCGUUUUGGCAAUGCUCGAAGGAGCCGGAGCAGCAGUGGCCACGAUUUAUGCAGCCGACGGAGACGCCAAUGCCGCCAUAACCACUGAUGUCCAGCUGCCGCAGAGACCCCAGUGGGAAUCAUCCGUUGAGGACUUGGAAAGUCCGGGAUCCUCCCAUAGUCAGAAUUUGACCGUGGCGGAAUUCGAGCGGGUGUUGGAAAAGUGUAGGACCUAUAGGGCGCGCAACAUGACCCAGCAGGACAUGCCUUUGGAUGCGGUGGAGGGCAAGGAAGUGAAACGAAUGGAUAAACCUUUGCACUCUCUACUCGAUCUGGUCAAGCUGGCCGAGAUUAUCUGAUACAGUUCGCAAAAGAGCUUUCUGUUUUGAGUCAACUUUUCGUUUUUGUGGUGCCUCUUCCAAAUUAUGUGUUAACCAAGCAAUAUUCUCCGUUGAUCUAACUUUAUUUUAUAUUCUUCAGUAAUGAACCGGAUGCAAUUCCCUUCAUAACGAUAGGAAACCAUUCUUUUUUCGAUAUAAUUAAAGUUCAUCCCAGGGUCCUAUUUAUUCGAGGUUGCCUAUGCUGGAAUGACACUUGAAUUUCAAAAUGUGUAUGUUUCACACCUAAUAAUAUUAAAAUAAUAAGCAAUCGAAAUUGAAAA